CGUACCGAGCGAGGAUCGGGUGUUUUACGGCCAGGUCUGGGUCUAUUUUGGACCUAGACACACUUCGGGUGGUUGGCGUUUUCGCCUUUAUUGGAAUCCUCCUCUUUAUGGCCGGCGUCGAGUUUAAUCAAGGACCGUUUCAGAUGGGGCCGCUGCUCCUGCCGUUACUCUUGUUGCUAAUGACAACCAGAGCAGUUUGCGGUAUGGGCGGUAUGGGCAGCGAAGACCUCCGCGCCGCGCAGCAAAACAUGGACACUGCAGUGGAAAAUGCAAAAGAGGCAGUAAAACAUGACGAAAUGGUGGAUCAAGAGAAAAAGGACAGCGGCAUUGAUAAGACUAAGGACUCUCAAACUGCCAACGGCAUGAUGGGUUUAUUCGCCGACUCAAACGAAAAAACGAAGCGUCUGGCAAAGCUGGCCAGCAUCCAAAUCAAAGCACUCAAGGAACUCAUAUCUGUGGAAAAAUUGAAUCCGUUUCGCCUUCAAGUAAGCCGCCGAUACCUAAGGGUUUGGAAGAAACGCUUUCAACACACUUGUCCUAUCUCUUAUGAUGGUCCGCCAUGUGAUGAGAAAGCCUAUUACCGUUCAUAUGACGGCACGUGUAACAACGUGGUCAACCCGACCUGGGGCGCCUCUCUCACACCACAACUGAGGGAAAUACCGCCCAUGUAUGACGACGGUGUUGACGAACCUAGACGCAAGGACAGACUGGGCAACCCACUGCCAAGCGCAAGGCUUAUCAGUAACGUGGUUCACAGUGUGGACGGCCUGUCGCCUCGCGACAAAGACUUCACCUCUAUGGUGAUGCAAUGGGGCCAAUUCAUUGACCACGAGUUUGUGUCCACACCGGUUCUCAAAGGUGCAAUGGAUGCGAAUAUUGAAUGCUGUGGAGAUGAAAAUGUCAAUAGAUCGCAGUGUUUCCCCAUCGACAUCCCGGAGGGCGACCCCCACUUCAAGACAAGAUGUAUGAAUCUCGUGAGGUCAUCCCCGGUUCCCAACGUCGACUGUAAUCCUGGUAUCCGAGAACAAAUAAACCAAGUGACCUCAUUUAUUGACGGAUCUGCCCUGUAUGGGUCCACAUACAAAGCGGCAAUGGACCUGAGAACAAUGAAAUCGGGCUUGAUGAGGACCCUUGAUGACUUUCCCGCUGGUAAGAUGCUUCCUAAGAACGCCCCAGACAAAUGUGUCAUUGAACACGAUGGAGACUACUGCAUGAAAGCCGGCGAUAUCCGGGUGAACGUGGUUCCAAGCCUGGGCUGGAGUCACACCACCCUGCUCCGCGAGCACAACCGCAUUGCCAAGGCGCUCUCUGCCAUCAAUCCUCACUGGGAUGACGAUGCCAUCUAUCAGCAAACACGUCGAAUUAUCGCCGCCAUAGAACAAGUCAUAACAUACAAGGAAUACCUUCCGUCGAUAUUAAAUGAGGAAACAAUGAAAAAAUACCGCCUGAACCUGCAUUCGACACGCUAUGCAAAUACCUACCAUCCAAAACUGAACCCAUCGGUCACAAACGAGUUUGCAGUAGCUGCUUUCAGGUUUGGACACUCUCAGAUUGCGGAUUAUCAAGCUACGAUGGACGAAAACUUCAACUUCCUCGAAAAGAAGCCUAUCUGGAAGACCUACCACAAGCCUCAUAUGGUCAUAUAUGAGCACGGCCAUGCUUUAGACGGCAUUGCGAGGUGGCUGUCUACAGAUCCUCAACCGUUAGCUGACAGUCUAUUUGAACACGGGACAAGAGACAUGCUUUUUCUGGAUAAGAAGAAUAAUAGCUUAGAUCUGCCGGCCAUUAACAUUCAAAGAUCACGUGAACAUGGUACACCGGCCUACAACCAUUGGCGAGUACAUUGUGGCUUAGCAAAAGCUGACAUGACUGAUGACGGCCUGUUUACUCUUCCGGAUCACACAGCAGAACAAACUCAGAAAUUACAGAAAGCAUACAGGCACGUUGAUGACAUUGAUCUUUUCCCGGGCGCUAUGACGGAGACGUUACUUCCGCAGAGCGCAGUGGGUCCCACGUUCGCAUGUUUACUGGGCCGUCAGUUCCGGAGGCUAAUGCGAGGCGACAGAUACUGGCACGAACUCCAUUUUGAGUACAACAGGUUUACUAAAGAUCAACUACAUGAAGUGCGAAAAGUUUCAUUGGCUAAAGUCCUUUGCGACAAUUAUAACAUCACAAAACUUCAGCCAAACGUAUUCCGGGUGCCAACUGGGGACAAUCAAAGAAUCGACUGCAGCAACAUACCUGGCAUUGACCUCUCAAAAUGGAAAGCGUGCGAAUUCCCGCUGGCCGACGGCCGCCCCAGCUUUGCGAAACACUGUCCAAAGGAACCGUUGUUUGGAUGAAAUACGUCAAGCAUAAAUAUAAUUUAUGGAUACAUUUUUGUAUUUAUUACAUAAAAAAUAUGUCGCACAAACACA